AUGGGAUUGCAGCAGAAUAAUUUAAACAAAGAAGAAUGUCAGGAGGAAUCAGAGGAUGCUGAAGAUAAUCCACUGAACCACUGCCAUAGCCACUCAACGGCCUAUGAGAGCAGAAAAAUAGAACAGUGUCAAGCCAAGCGGAAGCUCUAUGCAGCAUCGAUAAUUUGUCUCAUCUUCAUGAUUGCUGAAAUUAUAGGUGGACAAAUUUCAGGAAGUCUUGCUGUGAUAACCGAUGCAGCACAUAUCUUGGUUGACUUGACAAGUUUCCUGAUUAGCCUUUUCUCACUGUGGUUAUCAUCUAAACCUUCCACUAAAAGGUUAACUUUUGGAUGGCACAGAGCAGAAAUUCUGGGUGCUUUGAUGUCGAUGCUAAUCAUUUGGGUGGUGACUGGCGUGUUGACAUAUUUGGCGAGCAUGAGACUGCUGCACCCAGAUUUUGAGAUUGAAGCUACAGUGAUGCUCAUUACUUCUGGUUGUGCAGUGAUAGCCAAUGUCAUAUUAAGUCUGACUCUGCACCAGACUGGGCCUGGACAUAGUCACAGAGCACAAGCCAAUGAACAUAUACCAGCUCUUCAACAGAAGCCAGCUUUGGCCAAUGCCAGUGUGAGGGCAGCUUUUGUACAUGCCAUUGGAGAUCUAGUUCAGAGCAUUAGUGUGCUAAUUAGUGCACUUAUAAUAUUCUUUAAGCCAGAAUACCAAAUAGCUGACCCAGUCUGCACAUUUGUGUUCUCUAUCUUUGUUCUGGCAACAACCAUCACCAUUUUAAGGGACAUUUUGCUUGUGUUAAUGGAAGGAGCACCCAAGGGAUUUAAUUAUGAUGCAGUGAGAGAGAGAAUUCUAGCAGUCAACAAAGUGGAGUCUAUCCACAACCUGCAUCUCUGGUCUCUAACAAUGAAUCAAGUUAUUCUAUCUGCUCACGUUGUCACAGAAGACACAGUGGACAAUCACCAGAUCCUGAAAGAAGUUACUCAAGUUCUCUUUGACACUUACACCUUUCACUCAGUCACCAUUCAGAUUGAACUACAAGCAAAUCAGAAGCCCGACUGUGUCUUCUGUCAAGAUCCAAAGGAUUGA